GACAAGCAACUGCGCAUUUUCCCGUUUGCUCAUAACGCGCAUCACACAUCUAGGCAUGUGAUAUCAUAUCUCUACACGCAUUGACAAACGCCAUUAAACCAUGGCGUCACAGGCCUAGUUUCAUUUUAUCAGAGGUUUAGAAAGACCUAACGUCUGUUAGCAUCCCCCAGAGAAGGGCCGGACUUGAGAAAAUACAAUGGGAAUCGAAGACGAAGCUGACCGGACGCUAUUCAUUAGGAGUUUGGAUGCACGAGUAACGGAGGAGCUUUUAUUCGAGCUGUUCUUACAGGCAGGACCGCUCAUCAAAACCAAAAUUCCAACAGACGCCAAUGGCAAACGGAAAACGUUCGGUUUUGCCGUGUACAAACACGAGGAAUCGGUGCCGUAUGCCAUACAGCUCCUAAACGGGACGUCGCUGUUUGGUAAAGCAAUCCAUGUGCAAUUCCGUUCAGGCAGCACCCACAGCAACAGUCCAGGGAACUCGAAUCCUAGUAGACCUAAUCCCCAUGGGUUGAGGAUGCCGCCCCAGUUAGUGUCUUCCCAAUACACUCCUCCAGGUCUAAUGCAGACUUCAUCCCCUGAUACUCUGCAGAAGCAUGCCAUGAUGAACAUGAUGGGUCAGCAACAGAUGCAGCAGCUUCAGCAGUUGGCCAACGAAUUCUCAAAGACCGAGCAGAUGCAUCCCUCUUCAUGGUGCGCAGGCAGCUUCAGGCAGCGUGACAGUGCCCCCUACCGACAGCAUUCAUCCCAGACUAGCAGAAGAAACCAGCGCUAUGCUGACGACGCCCAGGGACAUCACCAGCAGCAACACAGCAGGAACAACUCCCAUCAGCAAAAUGCCUGGAGGGGUGGCAGCCGUCGCCAUGAUGGCCGGGGUAGCAAUUGGCACUACGAUGACAGGAGCGGUAACCAUGGUUACCAAGAUAGUAGGUGGCAACGCUACUGAUGCAAGGCAAAGAGACUCAUUUAUGAUUACAUGGACAAUAUCGACUGUACGCUCAGGAUGUUUUUCUACAUUAAUUGAAAAGAUUUCUUAACAAUUUGUUUAAUUUAAUGUUUUUAAAUUUGUACUUAUUGUCCCCCAUUUUACAAGUUGGGCAUCUAGUCAACAGAAAUGUAAUUAAGAUGGCAGAAAAGAACAUGGUUUAGCCUUUUUUCUGGUUUUGUAAUUAACAAAAAAAAUUUUAAAUGGUGCUCGGAGUAGCUGUAUAAUGUUCAGAUAAUUUUUUUUGGGCGGGGGGCAGAUUCACCAGCACAAUUUAUUCUUUAGCAUAUUUUUUAAUCUUGAUUUUGUAAGACAAACUCAUGAUGUUUUAAAACUUUGUUUAUAAACAUUCUUUGUCGUAAUGUUUGUGUCCUCUUUCAUCCCUGAACAAACUAUUGUAUGCAGAGGGGCUACAUGGAACGCUUGGCCUUGUCUGCACCUAUAAAUGGCCCACUGUGUAACUAAUAUUCUUGUGGUAAGGGUUAGGAAGUAAUCUACAGGUGGCGCCACGCGUAUCCUUUCAGUGAAACCAAUUACCACGGUAAAUGUAUCCCAGCCACAUGAUCAGCUCCUACAUGUGACCUUUCUAUUUAGGAUAUUUUAAAGGCAUGAUGUGGAUUUGUCACCCACUCUGUUCACUGUGACAUGUGCAAUUACGUGGAGGUUUUUCUCGUUACCCCAACAUGGAUGCGGACCAGCUAUUCCGGGACA